AUGUUCGGACAAGUCAAGAUUUCCACCCUUCUGGCCCUCGGCGCCUUGGCCUUACCUGCCCUCGCCUUCCCCCAGAACGCCGCUUCCGGUGCUCGCAAUGCCAUGGCUCCCGCAUCUCCCAUGGCCUCGGGUAGUGUCCUCAGCACUAGCAACGUGAACGGCAACAACGCUCUCCUGGGCAAAGUCUCCAUCACACCCCACGACAAGUACUCGUCGUCCGUUGGCGUGUUGGGCUGCAAGAUCAACACGAACAGGGUCGCCUACUGGCCCAGCACCCCUGACUGCAACAAUGUUUGCGUGAAGUUGUCUUACGCAGGUCGCUCGGUCCACCUUCUUCAGAUCGAUGCGUCGGGCGGCGCCCAUGAUAUCUCUUACGACGCAUGGAACUUCCUUAAGACCGGCCACUCCGUCAAGGAACCUGGCCAGGCUGUUGCCGGCGGUGGCUUUGAGGUUGACUUUGAGUACGUCUCCGCUAACGAGUGCAAGUCACUCAUCACUGACGGCACUGGCAAAUUGCCUAUCGCCGCCGCCAACGGCCUGAACUGGCUCACCUCUUGUCUUGGUGGCUCGUGGGUUGGAAACAAUUACCAACUCUACAACAUCCAGGAUCCCAUUUGCCAUUACGGCUAUGAUGAGAAGUGCAGCCUUGCCGCGGGUUCGAAUCAACCCACUUGCCCUCACCAGCUGGGCGCGAACCCCAAGCUCGACAACCCUAGCGACCACAAGGUGGUCAACCUCCUGUACCCCACCGGUCAGGAGGAAGUUGCCCCCUAA